AUGGCUAUUUUCAGCGGUGCCCCCUUCGCAUUUGAUACAAAUUACGAAACCGGCUCACAAUGCGCAAGAUAUUGCGAUGGCCUCGCAGAAUGCACGUCUUGGCUUUACAGCGUGAGAGGGGGCGAAUGCCAGUUGUACAAGGGCAGUGCUCUAUCAACCUUCUCGUCUCAGCAUUUUAUGUAUGGUGUUUGCGAUGGCCACAGUCAUGUUGCCACGCCAUCUGCUGGCUCAUCUGUAGCUGCGCUAGCCUCACCGAGCGCCAGCUCUGUCUUUUCCGUGAACGUUGGUGAAACCUCUGCUCUGCAUGUAUGUCUACCACCUCAUGCUCUGGACUUCUACCAUAUCCCUUGCUAA